ACUACAUGUGUAUUAGUGCUUCAUCCGUUGCUUCACCUCCAUUAAAACCAUACACAAGUCGAGACCAUUCACCUGCGGGACUCGUCUCAAUUCGGAACGAACACAAGGCACAAUCUCAGAUCCAUUAGAAAUCAGGACUCUUCGGCUAUUCCCCGAUUCGUCUCCUCAUCAAUCACCAUUUAAAAGCGCUCCCGCAUCGUCAUUUCUCAAUCUCUUAUUCUCUAGGGAGUAUACCCUUUUUAAAUCCUCGAGAUCAGUGAAGUGCCAUUCAACAAACCUUUCGACAUUCACCGACAUACUCCCAAAAACAAGAUGGCAACCAUGCGCGCGGUCGACAUCAAGGGCGGAAAGGGCGGCAUCGACAAGCUUUUCAUCAACGCUGAGACGCCCAAGCCGACGCCCGAGGGGAGCCAGGCGCUCGUCAAGGUCAAGUACUUUGGCCUGAACCGCAUGGACCUGCUCCAGCGCGAGGGCCUGUACCCGCUCCCUCCCCAGGCGGGGCCGAUCAUGGGGGUCGAGUUCUCGGGCGUGAUCGAGUCGUUCGGCAGCGCGCCCGAGCGGGGGUUCAACGUCGGCGACGAGGUCUUUGGGCUCGCGUACGGCGGCGCCUACGCCGAGUACAUCGCCGUCAGCACUCACAUGCUCGUGCACAAGCCCAAGGAACUCGGCUGGGAGGAGGCCGCGGGGAUCCCCGAGACGUGGAUCACCGCGACCCAGGCCCUGUACCUGGUGGGCGAGUUCAAGCCGGGGAUGAGCGUCUUGUGGCACGCCGGCGCGAGCAGCGUCAGCAUCGCCGGCAUCCAACUCGCCAGAGCCGACGGUGCGAGUGCGGUCUACGUCACGGCCAGCACCAAGGAGAAGAUCGACUUUUGCAAGAGCCUCGGCGCCACCGAGGGCUUCAGCUACAAGGAAGGCGACUGGGCCGAAGCCCUGCUCAAGUACACCGACGGCAAAGGCGCGGACUUGAUCGUCGACUUCAUCGGGGCCGGGUACUUCAACCAGAACCUCGAGGCCGCGGCGCGCGACGGCCACAUCGUCAACCUGGGCAUGAUGGGCGGCGGGGUCGUCAAGGGCGACGUGGACAUCAGCAGGAUCCUGAGAAAACGGCUGCGCAUCGAGGGGAGCACGUUGCGCAGUCGCGACGAAAACUAUCAAGGCCGCCUGAGGGACAUGCUGGUCGAACAUGCCCUGCCCAGGUUCGUCAAGGGCGAGUUCAAGGUCCCCGUGCAAAAGGUGUUCAAGAUGGACGAGAUCAAGGACGCGCACAGCCUGCUUGAAUCGAACCAGACCAUGGGUAAGGUCAUUUGUAAGGUGGAGUAGGAUUUCUCACCCGGACAGAGACAUUGGCCAGUUAGGUUUUUUCACCCAAAGAGAAAAUGAAAAAAAGUGAUUUCCCCAUGUCUUUGAUGUGACUCAUGCGGUGGUGUGUGAGAAAUAUACGAACUUGGAAGGGUACAAGAAGCACUUGCUCUCGAAGAAAGUUCGUUAGAGAGUCAACGGGUAUGGUGAAUGGUCGUUGAUGCGGCUGCCUUUAAUGAGACGUACUCGCCCUUGACACUGGAUCAGAUAUACAAUCCUGCCGUGCUUAUCUUGGUGAAUUCCUUACUGUGGCCGAGAAGUAAUAUUUGAUGAAUCAGGACAAAGUCACAGAUUCUCAGCGUUGGUUCGAGAUGAUGAUGUCGUAUUUUGUCAAGUGAUGACCUGAUACUGUGGCUCGGCGCAACCAUGGUCGAAAAUCUCGAGUAGCAAGUGACCUGCCCGAAGAUAAGAAGCCGAUCUCAAUUCACAUGAGUGAUGGAGCCUAAGACUUUGGACAAGACAUGGGGUUCCAAUGGUGAGAUUCAUUGAGGGUUGUCAAGGAAUAGAAUGUGAAGUUGUCUCACUGCUUACCCACUCAUCUCAUUCCAAGUGUAGUUGUCG